AUGAUACCGUCAAAGGUAUUUACAUUGAAAGAUAUCGCAAACCAUGACAGCCCGAAUGACCUUUGGAUGGUAAUAUAUAAUAAAGUGUACGACAUCACUGACUUCGUUAGUGAGCACCCAGGAGGUGCAGAAGUUAUGUUCGAUUGUGGAGGAAUAGAUGCUACUAUUGCAUUCGAAGAUGUUGCACAUUCCGAUGUUGCACUCUCUAUGUUAGAUCCAUACUAUGUAGGAGAGUUGCAUAGAGAUGACUGCCAAGUGUAUUCACACAUCAAGAACCCUUCAUCAAAUUAUGUCCACUCACCAACACAAUCCAAUUCAAUCCAAAAAUCUAAGAAACUAAAAAAGAAGAAGAGGAAACCGAAAUGGAAAAAGAAUAUAAUAAUACGAAACUUCACAUUUGUGAUGCUAGUGACAUUGGCAUUGGUUGGAUUUAUAUCGUACUUGUAUUUACAAAAGAUAAAAUGGAUGAAUCAGAUCCAAUGA